UGGAAACCGGGCAAGUGGGGUUUAUAUAUCUGUGGAAUGAUGUCCAGGGUGGGAGAAAGAACUCUUGUCUGCUUGAGGCAAGUGUGAAUGUUGAAAUUGGCCGCCUUGAUUAGCAUUGAAUGGCCUUGCAGCUUCAGAGCCUGGCUGCUUCCUGCCUGGGGGAAUCCUUUGUUUGUUAGCUGUCCCUGAUUGAUUCAUGUCUGGAAUUUCCCCAUGUUGUUCUUCAUUUACUGUCCUGAUUUUAGAGUUUUUCAAAUACUAGUAGGCAGAUUUUGUUCAUUUUCAUGCUUUACUCCUUUCUGUUGAAAUUGUUCACACGCUUGUGGAUUUCAGUGGCUUCUCUGUAUCGUCUGACAUGGUGUUUGUUAGAGUGGUCCAGCGUUUCUGUGUUCUCAAAUAAUAUCUUGUGUCCAGGUUGGUUCAUCAGGUGUUCACCUAUGGCUGACUUCUCUGGUUGAGUGAGUCUGUAGUGCCUUUCAUGUUCCCUGAUUCGUGUCUGAGCAAUGCUGUGUUUGAUGGUCCCUAUGUAGACUUGUCCACAGCUUCAUGGUAUACGGUAGACUCCUGCAGAGGUGAGAGGAUCCCUCUUGUCCUUUGCUGAAUGUAUCAUUUGUUGGAUUUUCUUAGUGGGUCUAUAGAUCAUUUGUAUUCUUCUUCACCUCCCAUGAUUCACAAAUGUCUUUUUCUGUAGUUCAUUGUUCCUGGUUGCUAACAAAAAAGAAGACGACGCAGCUUGACAAGGAGAUUGUCAUUUGGUCUUUGUUGAGCAUCUCUCCUCAUAAUUCCCUGCUCUCUGUUAAGCCAAAAAAAUGCACUGAAUUCCCACAAGAAUAAGGAGCUUUUGUUCUUCAGCAAUGGAUGAGGAGAGUUUGGAAACAGCCAUCCAGACCUAUAAUGCCCAGUUGCAGCAAGUGGAGCUGGCCCUGGGAGCCGGGCUGGACCCAUCACAACAGGCGGAUCUGAUACAACUGCAGACAGAUUUGAAGCAGCUGAUAGAACUGACAGAAUCCAGCCUUGUGUCCAUGAAAAAGAGCAAACUCUUUUCAGGUCUGAACUCAGAGACCUCGUCAGCCUCUCCAUCCACUCACCAGCCGCAAAAUAGCUCUGAGCCAAGUAAAGACAGCAAUGAUGAUGAAUAUGCAGCAUUCAAGGAAGCCAUUGCAGAAAUUGGUGGUGAGGAUGAACCUUCAAGCACUUGUAAUGAAGAGGGUGAUGAGGAGGAGGAGGAGGAGGAAGAGGAGGAGGAAGAAGCCAGUGGAAUGAAAGUGAAAGCUCCAUACUAUAGUUCUUGGGGCACCCUUGAAUACCACAAUGCUAUGAUUGUGGGGAGCGAAUGUUUGGAAGAUGGGACCCCAGGAGUCAGAGUUCUCUACCUCUAUCCCACACAUAAGUCCUUGAAGCCUUGCCCCUACUUCUUGGAUGAUAAAUGUCGGUUUAAAGAGAAUUGCCGGUUUUCUCAUGGGCAGGUGGUUCCUGUGGAGGAGCUGCGUCCUUUUGAGGAGCCUGACCUCAGCUCCUUGGCAGUGGGCUCAUCCUGUCUGGCCAGGCAUCAGGAUGGGAUCUGGUAUGCUGCCAAAAUCACAGACAUUGACAGCGGUUACUACACGGUGAAGUUUGACUCUCUGCUCCUGAAGGAGGCUGUGGUGGAGGGCGAUGGGGUUUUGCCUCCGCUGCGCGAAGAGGAGAGCUCUUCCUCGUCUGAGUCAGACAGCGAUGAUGUUGAUGAUGCUGCGUAUGCCAGAGUCAUUGAUUCUGGGGCCCCGGAGACCGCAGAAGGACCCUCCCCUUGCAGUUCCGCUUUUGGCAGCUGGGAAGCUCACACCCGCGGCAUCGGUUCCAAACUCCUUGCUCAGAUGGGAUACGAAUUGGGAAAAGGUUUGGGGAAAAAUUCGGAGGGCCAGGUAGAGCCUGUCUUGGCCGUUGUGUUGCCGAAAGGCAAAUCCUUGGACCAAUGUGCCGAAAUCCUCCAGAAGAAGAGAGAGGGGAAACUUGAUUCGGCCAAGUCCAAAAAGCGGCGAGCAAAAGGCAGCCGGGCGCCCCGUCCCUGCAGGCCGAGCCCCAAGCCCCGGAACGUGUUUGACUUUCUGAAUGAAAAGCUUCAGGGCAAAGACUCCAGUCAGGAAGAGGGAGGGUUGGCACCGUUGGAGAGGAGCAGCAAGGAGAUCUACCACGCCAGCAAGAGCACCAAGAAGGCCCUGAGCGUCCGCCUCUUUCAGACGGUGGAAAAAAUAGAGCAGACCCAGAAGGAUAUCCGAGGGAUCCAGGAGGCUCUGGCGCGAAAUGUUGGGAGGCACAGCAUUGCUACAGCUCAGCUGGAAGAGAAGCUGGCUGGGGCCCACAAGAAACUGGGCGAACUCCGGGCCCAAGAAGCCAAUCUCCAACGGGAGCAGAAGAAGGCCGACACACACAAGAAAAUGACCGAGUUCUAGCCCUUCUUCCAUCAGACUGAGUGCUGUUUCUGGGUGGACAGAAACUUUUCCUUUGGUCAGUCCCUCUCUUUGGGGUCCCCUUCACCUCAGAAGAGGCUGGUUGUGUAAAGGCUGGCCCAUUAAGCCACUGGCCUUUGUGGAUUGUGGCCUUUACAUGGAGCAACCAGGAGAUGCUGACGAGCUGCAGAAAAGCUUCCUUGGGUCUGGGUCUAGCACAGCCCUCCGUCUCCGUGGCACUGUUCUUCCAUAGUUGUCCGUUAGUAGAUAUCCCAGGCAUGGGCAAACUUGGGCCCUCCGGGUGUUUUGGACUUCAACUCCCACAAUUCCUAACAGCCGGUAGGCUGUUAGGAAUUGUGGGAGUUGAAGUCCAAAACACCCGGAGGGCUCAAGUUUGCCCAUACCUGAUAUACAGAAAGUUGCUCAGCAUCAUCAUCAGGGUUCAUUCUGUUCUUGUUGGCGAUGUGCCUCGGUUCUUUGAUCCUUUUUUUUUGGUCAAUAUAUCAUUAGCCAUGCGAAUGAAUGGCACAAACUGGAAUCACAAUUUCCCUAUUUUCUGAGUGAUACUGAUCCUGUGUCUCCUAAAUACCCGCUAUGAGCCAUGUUUUUGAAACCAUCCUGAAAUCCCAAAGCUAUGGCUUGAAGAUAGAGGUCUUCCUCCAAACAAGAGCAAGCAAGUGCUGUGUUCUUCAUUGAAAGUCUGUGUCUUCCUCUCUCAGGAGCUUCUUCAGUCGAAGUUCAGGUUGAGGCCGGAAAAUACAGUUAUCCCUCCACAUAUGCAGUUUUGACUUUCACAGAUUUUAUUACUCACCUAUUACUAGGAAUAUAUCCAAUUUGAUCCUAUGGUCCAUUUCCUCCAGGCAGGGAUCUCUUCUCAGAUUGUUGUUUUAUGAUACUCGAUAUUACAUUUGAAGCUGGUAGGCUGUUAGGAGUUGUGGGAGUUGAAGUCCAAAACACCUGGAAGGCUGAAGUUUGCCCAUGCCUCCUGUAAUGCGAUUCUGUGGUCAUCCUGGAAGAUCCAGAAAUUCCUAGAGAAUAGUCACUUUAUUUGCCAUUUGUCAGUUUCAUGGGUGCCCUGUGCCCCUAAACCAGUGGUUCUCAACCUGUAGGUCCCCAGGUGUUUUGGCCUACAACUCCCAGAAAUCCCAGCCAGUUUACCAGCUGUUAGGAUUUCUGGGAGUUGAAGGCCAAAACAUCUGAGGACCCACAGGUUGGGAACCACUACCCUAAACCCAGCAAAUGUGGAGGGCUGACUGUGCUUCCCAUAUGGCUGCUUAUCGUUGCUACUCCAAACAGAGAAGGGACAAGGUUUGAUCUCAGGAACAAUUCAAAGCCUGCUGAUGCCAGAUCUGUAUGUGUUGCCUCGGGUAAGAGGAUGUGAAGGGAGGACAACGAUAUUUUAUUUUCCUUGCAGGGAAAGUAUAGACAUCUGUGUGGCUUCCUGUAUAUGUUUCCUUUCAGUCUGCAACCUUGAAGUUUUAGAUAAAAGAACAAUAAAAUUUGAUGCUUAGCGUC